UACCCAAUUCUGCUUGGCUCACUUCCGCUUUAGACGGUAUGGAAUUUUCCACAAACGAAAAAUAGAAAUGAAACCAAAGUAAGAGGUAUAUGCUGAUUGGUGUCCAAAUAACUCGAUGAAUCACGGUUAGAACUUCCGUUCCAGAAUAUAUGGUCAUCUGAGAUGGUAGCCAUCGUCCAUAAGGGCAUUCAUUUUUUAUGUAAAUAGAAAAGAACCACCAUGAGUUCACGAAGUCGACUGGAGUCCCAAGUUUCAAUGGACGCCCAGCCCAGCUACAUGCCAUCUAGUCCGAUGGCAGAUCUAGAGAUGUCUAGAUUAGGAUUGGCCAGUUCUAUUAGUGAUCUGCAGCCGAAUGACAUGCAGGCAUUUAUUGAUCAGUACCGGGACAGAAUGACGUCAGAGGAAAAGAUAGGGUACUAUGAUGUGAUGAUUUUGUAUGCGGAGGACGAUCGUGAACUAGCAGAAAGUUACAAAGAGCACCUGCAGAAUGAUAUAAUGUUAGAGGGAGGGAGGAGAGUGACUGCGGUUUUAUACGACGAUCAGGAACUGGUAUCUCUAGCAGGCUCUAAAAUAAAGAGUUUGGAUUUUUGCUUUCAGAGAUGUACUUUUGCCUUUAUUUAUCUCACCAAGAAGUUUUGUCAGUGUGAAUGGUCUACACUGUCCAGUGAGGAGUGCUUAAUGGAAUCUAUUUAUAACCCCAAAAAGAAAUGGUGUGUGGUCCCUGUGUAUACAGUGUCGAGGGCCAAAGCAGAUUUCAAAAUCCCCAUGGGACUGAACGCUCUGAAGGGUGUUAAUUUUUACAACAAUGACGAUUUUUAUCGCAGAGGUUUACGACGUUUAAUCGGUGACAAAGUCAGUGUAAGACUUAAUCAUAACUCCGAACAUUUCCGCAAGCAAUACAUGGCUGCAUGCAGAAUUAGAAACGAGGACAUUGUACGACGGAAAACAGAGGAGGCCUUGAGACGGCAUGAGGAGUUAAAACUGGAACUACUGCGACAAGAAAUAGAGAGUAAGAAACUUAAAGAAAAUAUGCCUCCGUCUUCAAAACUUGCUGUCUCCAGUACAGAAGGAAGGAUGACAGACUCUAUGGUGAUAGAGAAACAGAGAGGUAGACUUCAGGAGUAUAAUGAUUCUAGACAUUAUAAAAAAUCUCCUGUGGAGUCAGGGACUGACAGUUUUGGAUCAGAAGUUAGCAAGGAUCUGGAAACAUCAGAACCGACAUCUUUCUAUUCAAAGAAAAAUUCAGGAAAAAUUCCAAGCAUGCAUGACGAGGAACAUGGAAAAAUUCCACGCAUGCAUGAUGAGAAACACGGAAAAAUUCUAAGCAUGCAUGGUGAAAAACUGACACAACGUGGAGGAGAUGUCAGUAUGUUAGAAAUGGACUAUUCCAGUGAGAGUAUUGUAGCGAAAACUUCUGAGCAAAUAGUGAAAGAAUAUCAACAAGGUAUUGAAGUUCAUCACUACCACCAUUUUCCAGAGGGCCCUGGGCGUGUCACACAGAACUAUAACAUAGCUAAUGCUGAAAAUGUUGCCAUUGGGAAAAACGCCACCAUUGUCUCAACUCGGGAGAAUGAUAAAGUUAUAGAUGAAGAGGAAAACAGGAGGAACAGCUUAAGGUCAAGUGGUUCAUUUCAAAGUGUGGAUGGUGGUUUGAGUACACCAAGUAACUCAAUAGAAAGGGGAGGUCACUCUGAUGGAGACACUCAGGCUCCGGAAUCUGUGCCGAUGACUUCACAAACUUAUCUGCCAAACACACCAUCAAUCAAAGAGGAAAGCUUGAAAAAUGAUGAAAAUAUAAGUCAUGUGAAGACUGUGAUGCAGGCAGGUCCUAGUGAAGAAAAAACAAAUAUCUCCCGAGAUGAAAAUUCCCCAUCAAACCAUUCUAGUAUGGUAAAACCAAAUAUAAAUUCCUCACCAAAUCAUCGUAGGUUUAACCCCAGUAGACCCAUUAAACCAUUACCUAGUGGGCCUGUGCAGAACUCAAAACCAGUGGUAGCCACUAUUUCACCGAUGGUGUCCAUGCCUGAUAAACCCAGCAGCGAGGAAUCUGAUACUGUGGUAAAGACACCAUAUAGAGGAACCGAUCCUCAGUGCACAGAUGUUAAAAGGACUCAACAAACCAGUGCAAAUAGUCCAGUGAGUGAUGAUGAAAAUACAGACUUAAAAAGAAUUGUUCCCCCUAAUAUAACAAAUAAUGAUCCUCAAGAGGAAACCAAAGUGAAGCAAAUUCCACCGGUGAAUCAGACAAAACCAUUAGUGGUCAAUGAAAAGAUGCAGGGCUGCUGUAAGCCCAAUAUUGUGGCUGGUGCUAGUCCCCCUGUAGGGACCCCGGAGCAACCAGUGAUGCCCUCAAUCAGUGAUUCAUCAGACAUUGUUGAGGAUUGUCCAGGGUCGGAGACCAGUACAGACAGGGACAGUGCAGAAUACGUAACAGUGCAUAAGGAGGAUGUAGAAUUGUAUUCAGAGAGCCUAGGAACGGAUGUUGACAGUGGGUUUAAGUUGACAGAGGUAGAGAAAGGGUUGGAUUGUGUAAAGAAGGCCAUGGAAAUGGGAUACUCAAAAAGUUGCAUCAAACAAGCUUUGAUUAAAUUACGCGCUAGAGGUAAAACGGUGGACAUUAACAGCCUGCUUGAUGAAAUGCACAGAAUAAACAGUGAGUCAACUUCACCAGAAUCAACAGAUGUAAACCUAGAAGGGAAGAUCUCAAAACAAGCUCCGAAAACCUCCAGCAAAUCAAACGACAAAAAAUCACACGACAGCAAAUCAAAUGACACAAAUACCAGACAAAAACCUGGAAUUUUCCAAAAAAUUCUCAAUAACUUUACAAAAGGUGGAAAUUGAAACGACAACAAAGAGAUUCCUGGGAAAACAAUUUACAAAGUUUGAUGGCUUAGUCAAGAGUGAGAAGACUGGUUCGAUUCCUCCUGCUGCUAUCCCCCAUAGUAAAUGGUGGCCAAAUUUUGUCUGUGAUAGUAGGGAAGCUCUAUAUAUAGCUCCAUUGUAGAGUGAUGGAUAUGUUGGUUCAUGUGAGCCAGUGUGUUUGUUACCGGGGUAUUUGUUAUGAAAAGAAAGUGAUUUCAAACAAAUUUCGUCAGUCACUUGGAAUUUACUUAAAUGUCUUAGUCCUGAGAACUCUGUCAGAAAAAAGAAGAAAAAAAAAAGAUUUGUCCAUCAUAGCAAGUUGAUGCAAACUCAUAAACAAUAUCAUCGAAAUUCAUCAGGCUUCUCUGAAGACUUCCAUGAAAUCCUCAGUUGAAGAAUGUCUUGAUUGUUACAUUUGAAUUUUGUUUUCCUCAGAGGCUAGUACAUGGCACUGUUUUUUUAGUCACUUUAUCUAUUCAAUUGUAAGUCAUUUUAUUUUAAGUACUUUGGGCAUAAGCUGAAUUAAUGGAUAAUUUGCUAAAAGCAAAGGCAUUUUAUUUCCAAUUCUGAUUGAUCUGAAGUACUGACAUGUGAGUGCUAUGGCCCUCGGCCUCUGAGAAUUUCUCUGUUUUGUCAUUUAUGUAUAAACCACAUGGUGGUAACUCAUUAUACAUUAUAGAGCGUAUAUGAAAUAUUCAUGAAUAAAAAUGCCGGUAUGAAAAUUUG